GGACAGUGCUGAAGAUGAUAACGAGAAGAUGAUUGGUUCAGCUGCUGUAGAGUGAAGAAAGAGAUUUACGUAAAGAGCACAAAGUGUUGAUGUUUUUAGGGGUUUGGAAGCUUUUUUCAUUGACUCAUCAGACUCUGUGAGGACUCCAGAACAAUGAAUUUCAGCGUUUUUGUGGUGCUGCUCCUCCUGGAGACGUGCUCAGCUGGAAAAUAUCAAAAUGUGGCUUUGCGUGGAAAAGCAACCCAAUCAGCGCGUUAUGGAGACGCAUUUGGGGCGGCCUACAAUGCUAUCGAUGGAAACCAUGAAUCUAAUUAUGGUUCUGGAUCGUGCUCACACACGACUGAAAUGAAAAACCCCUGGUGGAGAGUGGACCUGCUGGAGUCCUACAUCAUCACCUCCAUCACCAUCGUCAACAGAGACGACUGCUGUCCAGAAAGGAUCAAUGGACUGGAAGUCCACAUAGGCAACUCUGUGGAAAGGGAUGGUUUUGAAAACCCAGUGGUUGCAACGAUUGCUGACAUCGGUAGAGCUAAAACGUUCAGUCAGACUUUCACUGAUCGGGUGGAGGGACGUUACGUGACUUUGGUUAUACCUGGUUCAAGAAGGAUCAUUACAGUCUGUGAAGUGGAAAUCUAUGGGUACCGUUCCCCAACCGGAGAGAACCUGGCCCUCCAGGGAAAAGCCACACAGUCGUCGUUGUUUGAAUUUGGCUUUGCGAAUAACGCCAUAGACUUAAGUCAGAACAACAAGUGGGGGGACGGCUCCUGCAGUCACACGAGCAACGACGUCGGCCCCUGGUGGCGACUGGAUCUGCGCAAAUCCUAUAAAGUGUUUACCGUGAAGAUAACCAACAUGAAAUCAAACCCAGAACGCCUCAAUGGAGCCGAGAUCCGAAUUGGAGAUUCUCUUGACAACAAUGGCAACAGCAACGCCAGGUGUACUGUGAUCCAAAGUAUUGAAGCAGGAGCUACCGCUGAAUUCCAGUGUCCUGGCCUGGACGGGCGCUACGUUAACAUCGUCAUCCCGGGAAGAGAAGAGUUCCUGAGUCUGUGUGAGGUGGAGGUGUACGGCUCGAGGCUGGAUUAGGUCUGAAGACCUUUGAAAUGCUGAACAGUAACAGUUUGCUGUUAAAUGUACUCAUACCUACUGGAAUCACAGCUUGAGAUUCAAUAUUGUCAGAAGAAACAUGUGUGCAGCAAGUGAAUGUAUCUCUUCAUCUGAUAGUGAUUAGUAGUAGUAGAUAGUGAUAGUGCAUUAUGGGGUUACACGUUAUGGACACUAUAUACAUGGACACAUAUUAUGGAUUUUUUAUGAAACAUUUCUAAUGCUGUCCUUUACUCUUAUUUUGAAACAUUAAACUUCUGAGGUAUUUUCACUAUCUGCUCUGAAUGUCAUAAAUGCUGAAAUACGAUUAAAUCAUUAAAAAGUCAAUUUUCUUUUUCUUUUUCUUUUUUUUUUCUCCAAAUCUUAGGUUUAACACAUUGCAACUGAACAUGCAUUUAGUUUAACAGUGGUGUCAAUGUGGUCUGGUAGAUUCUUUUGUGGUGAAACUGGCUUCCUGUUGGGGCCCGCAUCCGAUUCAAGACGAUGGUGCUGGCCUUCAAGGUCGUCAAUAGCGCUUUGCUCUUCUACAUCAGCUGGCCGGCUGGUACCUCCAAUCACUGAGAGCCACCAAAACCCGCUCAGCAAAGUCGUGACUCUUCUGUUUUGGCUCCUCAGUGAUGGAAUGAACUCCCAACCAAUGUCAGGACAGCAGAAUCACUCUCCAUCUUCCACAAAACACUCAAGACUCAUCUGUUCAGACUUCACCUCGACCCCACAUAGCGUGACAACAGGUGUGACGUUGAGGUCAGAACGAAGAUUGAGUUUGAAGAUCUGUGUACUGAGAACAUCAACAUGUUGAUGGCAUGAUUUCUGAGUUGUUCAUAAAACUGUUUCAAUGGAUAUUGUCCGCUUUUUGACAAUUACAUAAUUGUCCUUUUACCACAGUGAAGUUAUGUUUGCUUGAAUGCAAUUAUUUGAGUGGAAGUUGGUCUAAAAACCAGGCUAGUUAUCAGUUUGUAACAAUACCACGUGAUUUGUGAACCUCCUCAUUGCCACGGUACUCCCUGAUGACAAUACACUGCCCAGAAGUACGAUGCACCCUGACACAAAGGUUCAAGGCAUUGAUCUAGUUUUCAAAUCCUCCACAUCCCAAUCAGAUCCAACAUUUGUGGGACAUGCUUGAACAACUCUGAUUUAUGGGGGCCUCACCCUGCAACCCACAGGACUGGCCACCAACGCCCUGGUUCCAGACUACAUCACAUACCCAGAGGUCAUGUUUUGUUGCCUCAAUAGGUCAGAGCAAAGUCUGGUCCAAGGUGUGGCCUGCAUGGAUCAGACGUCUUGCUACACAUCCCAGGGACAGUCAAUUGGAUUGCGAUCUUGCAUCCACAUGACAAUGGUCAACAUGAAUAUGUUUCUUCACCAAAUAAUUAAGUGAUUUCUGCUUACACUACCAGGUGCGGUCUGAUCACAAGGAUCCCAGCAGGCACCACUGCUGAGUUCCAAACUGGGUCUUGAACUCCCGCCACUGUGUUAACGUCAGCCGACAACAAUCUGCAGUUACCGUGUGUGAAAUUAGCUAAGCUAUAUAUCAGCUAUAUUAAGGAUUUGAUACACGCUUUGAUGUCCAAUGCUGUUUUGAAAUGUCUUUUUAAUACUGAACUUGAAAUUGUGCUGCUGCAUAUUAUGUUAUCCUUGCUGAAGUAAAAAUAAAUAAUUACAAAAGCCUUA